GGCGCAGGCGCUGCUGGGAGGCGGAAGCAGCCGCAGGUAUGGCGGCUGCCAUGCCGCUGGGUUUAUCGUUGCUGUUGCUGGUGCUAGUGGGGCAGGGCUGCUGUGGCCGCGUGGAGGGCCCACGCGACAGCCUGCGAGAGGAACUCGUUAUCACUCCGCUGCCUUCCGGCGACGUGGCCGCCACAUUCCAGUUCCGCACGCGUUGGGAUUCCGAUCUGCAGCGGGAAGGAGUGUCCCAUUACAGGCUCUUCCCUAAAGCCCUGGGACAGUUGAUCUCCAAGUACUCUCUGCGGGAGCUACACCUGUCAUUCACGCAAGGCUUUUGGAGGACCCGAUACUGGGGGCCACCCUUCCUGCAGGCUCCAUCAGGUGCAGAGCUCUGGGUCUGGUUCCAAGACACUGUCACAGAUGUGGAUAAGUCUUGGAAGGAGCUCAGUAAUGUCCUCUCAGGGAUCUUCUGCGCGUCCCUCAACUUCAUCGACUCCACCAAUACCGUCACUCCCACAGCCUCCUUCAAACCUCUGGGGCUGGCCAAUGACACUGACCACUACUUCCUGCGCUAUGCUGUGCUGCCCCGGGAGGUCGUCUGCACCGAGAAUCUCACGCCGUGGAAGAAGCUCCUGCCCUGUAGCUCCAAGGCAGGGCUGUCCGUGCUACUGAAAGCAGAUCGAUUGUUCCACACCAGUUACCACUCCCAGGCAGUGCAUAUCCGGCCAAUCUGCAGAAAUGCUCACUGCACCAGUAUCUCCUGGGAGCUGAGGCAGACCCUUUCAGUUGUCUUUGAUGCCUUCAUCACCGGACAGGGGAAGAAAGACUGGUCCCUCUUCCGCAUGUUCUCCCGGACUCUCACAGAGGCCUGUCCAUUGGCAUCUCAGAGCCUAGUUUAUGUGGACAUCACAGGCUACAGCCAGGACAACGAAACACUGGAGGUGAGCCCUCCCCCAACUUCCACAUACCAGGAUGUCAUUUUGGGCACCAGGAAGACCUAUGCCGUCUAUGACUUGUUUGACACAGCCAUGAUCAAUAACUCCCGAAACCUCAACAUCCAGCUCAAAUGGAAGAGACCCCCAGAUAAUGCAGAAGCCCUGCCCGUGCCCUUCCUGCAUGCACAGCGGUACGUGAGUGGUUAUGGGCUACAGAAGGGCGAGCUGAGCACCCUGUUGUACAACUCUCAUCCUUACCGGGCCUUCCCUGUGCUGCUACUGGAUGCUGUGCCCUGGUACCUGCGGCUGUAUGUGCACACCCUCACCAUCACCUCCAAGGGCAAGGAUAAUAAACCAAGUUAUAUCCACUACCAGCCUGCCCAGGACCGGCAGCAGCCCCACCUCCUGGAGAUGCUCAUUCAGCUGCCGGCCAACUCCGUCACCAAGGUCUCCAUCCAGUUUGAACGAGCCCUGCUCAAGUGGACAGAAUACACGCCAGACCCCAACCAUGGCUUCUAUGUCAGCCCAUCUGUCCUCAGUGCCCUUGUGCCCAGCAUGGUGGCAGCCAAACCAGUGGACUGGGAAGAGAGCCCUCUCUUCAACACCUUGUUCCCGGUGUCUGAUGGCUCCAGCUACUUUGUCCGACUCUACACAGAGCCCUUGCUAGUGAACCUGCCCACCCCCGACUUCAGCAUGCCCUACAAUGUGAUCUGCCUUACAUGCACUGUGGUGGCCGUGUGCUAUGGCUCCUUCUACAAUCUCCUCACCCGAACCUUCCACAUUGAAGAGCCCAAAUCCGGCGGCCUGGCCAAGCGGCUGGCUAACCUCAUCCGGCGUGCUCGUGGUGUUCCCCCUCUCUAAGAUUCCCUUUCUUCAGCAACUACAGCUUCAUACUCACCUGCCCCAGGGGAGCAGUGGCAGGGCUUUUUCUGCCAUGCCCUCUUUCCCCAGAGUUAGCUUCUGAAGCUAACUCCCCCUGGAUCUGGUCUGGGCUAAGGUAUGGUUUCCAUUGUGGUAGACUUGAGCCAAAUCCCGUCUUCCCUCCUCACCUGUGGCAGCCACAUGUCUACCUAGAAGGGGCCGGUGCUGCUGUAUACUGGACAGCCUAGAGAGAUGCCUCCGUCAUUACAGGACAUUCUGCUGGCCCAGGUAAUGGGGUGCAGUAGAGCUUGUGGUACUGUGGGAGGGGCGCUGAAUUUACUGGUGUAAUAAAAUGCCUACCCUCCUA